GAAUAUAUGAAAGUUUAAAAGAUAUCGCCCUGAUAUCAAAGAAUUGUGGUGGGAUUGGAAUCGACAUUAGUGACAUCUGUGCAAAUAGUGAUUAUAUUAAAGGAUCUAGUAGAUAUUCUUCCAGUGGAGCGAUUAUGGUAAACCUAGCGAUUUGGCACCGUGAUGUAGAGGAGCUUUUACGAAUCUGCCAUGAGUUACAGACUAUUUUUUCACUCAUAGAUGCAAAAAUAUCACUAGGAUAUGACCUAAACGGAUUAUAUGGUCAGGAAUUUAAUAAUGCAUAUAUUCGUUGUGAG